AUGAAAGUUAGUGAAUUAACAUUUUUAGAACAUUUGGAGUUUUGUGGUUCAAGUGGUCUUGAUGAUUAUGGAUUGAUAAAUAUUAUUCAUAAUUCUUGUAAUUUAAAAUACUUGGGUAUAAAAAAAUGCCAUAGUUUAACGAAGAAUGCUCUUGCUGAGAUUAAAAAAUUAAAAAAUGAAUCUAAGGUGACUGAUAUUGGCAUCAAAAAUGUUAUUAAAAAUUGUCCAAGUAUUGAAAAAUUAUAUGUUAGUUAUACUAAAAUCACUGUUGACAGUCUAUUUUUUGCUGCUCAAGAAACAAAUAAACGUUCAACUAAUAUCAUUUUAACAAUGAAAGCUGAUGAUGUCAUUAAAAAAGAAUAUGAAAAAAAUUCUCAGACUGGUUCAAAUGUUUUGUUUGUUAUUACAAAACCACGUGAGGCAAUGCCCGAAAAAACAAAGUCAAAAGAAAAUUCACGUACACGCAGAGAAAUUAAAUCUUUUGAUGAUGAUUUUUCUUCACGUCGAGUACGUCGACAGAUUCCCGAGGAUCAAACUAAUCAAUAUUUUAUUAAUAUCAUUGUUUAUGCUGAUACUUCAAUGUCUGAUAAUUAUGGCAAUGAACUUGAACUGAAAAUUGAAAAAAUAAAUGAAGAUUUUUCAGAUGAACAUAAAUAUGGAUUUGAUAAACCAUUAAUGGAUAAUUUUUGUCAAUGGCAAAGUACACAACGCAAUAAUCGAAACAUGCAAAAUAAUUCUUAUGUUCCAUUACUUUUAACAAGAAAUCGAUUGUUUCCAGUUAGUCACAAAGAUAAACAUGCAAUUGGUAUGGCCAACGUAAGUUCAAUAUGCGAUACAAAUUUAUCUUGCACUGGAGUACAAGAUGGUCCUUAUUCAACAGCAUCAGUUAUUGCACACGAAAUCGGUCAUCUAUUGGGAAUAAAGCACGAUUAUGACAACAAUAUAUAUUCAUGCUGGACAAAAGACGAAGACGAAUCAUUAUACUUGAUGAGUAAAGUAGACAAAAAACAGACGUUCAAGUGGUCUAAUUGUUCUAAUGAAUACUUGACACAAUUUCUCGAAUCUGGUGGUGGUGACUGUCUUCUUGCAAAACCCAGAGAAAAAUUUGAUGAAACAAGAUAUCGACAUUUAGGUGAACAGUAUUCACUUAAUAAAACGUGUGAAUUUGCAUUUGGCAGAAGAUAUUAUGCACGUGAACUGGAUGAUCGUGACAAAUGUGGAAUAUUUAAGUGUUAUAAAAACCAAGAAUUGGGCUACUUUGAAUACCGUUCGCUUAUGGUACCAGAUGGCACAACUUGUGGUGAUAAUAAAAUAUGCUAUGAAGGUGAAUGCAUGUCGUCAAAUAAACUGAAACCCGUCAAUGGUGGAUGGAGUGAUUACGGAGAUUUUAGCGAAUGUUCAAGAACUUGUGGUGGUGGUAUUAAAAUGAAAUAUCGAUAUUGUAAUAAUCCAACACCCAUGUACGGUGGUCAAUAUUGUUUGGGAAAUAAAAAAUAUUAUGAAAUUUGUGCUUCUAAUAAAUGCCCUCAUGAAGAAUCACAAGAUUUUAGGUUUUUAUAUUUAUUUUAA